UAAAUCUGCAAACUCUCUUUUUUCUCACUCUUUUGUCUCUUUCUGCAUCGAUCGAAUUAAGAAUUGUUAAAAAUGUUAAUCGAUUUUAAAAAAUUAAAUAUCAGCCUCAAUCAUUCAGAUCCAAAACUAUUCCUCACAUGUCAGUGGCAACGAGACAAAAAAAUUCCAAGCAGGAACUACUUAAUUUAUCGAUGGAUAUUUGCGAUUUACUUCAAUUUUGUGGUAAUUUUGUCACUAAUUACAGCCGAGAAGGAUAAAAAUUUAAUUUUAUAUCCAAUAUUUUUAACAAAUUGGAAUGUGAUACUUAAUGGCGUGUCAUCACUUCUCUUAGCGAUCGUUGCUACUCAAUACUUCUUCAAGGUCAUUAAAUUUGACAAUGACCUAAAUUACAUGACAACAACUCUUAAAGCUGCAUGGCUGCUCUCAACGUUAUCAACUGUUAUUGCCGUUUCGCUUUCUUUAAUUUAUUGGCCAUUGAUCUACACUGGGAAAGACAAAGGAUUGAAUGAUGCGCUGACGCAUGCUGUAAAUGCAAUUUCACUAUUUAUUGAUCUGUUCAUCAAUGCACAUCCACCAAGAUACUGUCAUUUUAUUCAAAACUUACUUUUUGGACUGAUUUACGCGAUAUUCAGCAUGAUUUAUACAUUCUGUGGCGGAAUCAACAGAAGUGAAGAACCUUUCAUUUAUUCAGUGCUUAAUUGGAAAUAUGAAACAUCCAGUGCAAUGCUAUUUGCCUUCUUGACACUAAUAUUUUUAAUAUUCAUCCAUUGUGUGCUUACGGCAUGCAUUCAUUUAAGGAUAUGGAUCCAUAAAAAACUAUGUGAACAUCCAAAAAGAACCAAUAAUAAUGAUUAUGGCAUUAAUAAUGUAGCAUAUCAAGUAUGAGGGUGAUCUUUUGUUAAGAUAAGGGAGGUCGAUAUCGUUCAUUAAUGACGAAAAAACGUUAAAUUUAAUGAUGACUUGAAGAAGACUGGAACUUUAAAUUAGAAAAAAUUACUCAGAACUACUGACGAUAAGGGUUUCUUUAUCGUAGAUUGGAUCAAAUGACAUCUUUGAUGGACAUCAUUAAUAGAUGAGCCCCAUCAAGAGAAUAUUGGAACUGAUCAAAGCAAUUUAGUAUUAUAUACACAUGAAUUUUAGCUGAUGUUAUCUUGUAAAUUGUAAGCUAUGGAAUAAAUUAAAUAAUCGACUGUAAUUUUGAAGCUUGUCCC